GACCUCAGUACUCCGCGGAGAGUGCACCGCUACUCACACACUCAGUCACACACACCUCACUCACACAGAACUUUGGCAGACUCCACUUCUCCACCAGCUCAUCUAUGGAGGAACCUGGUUCCGAAUGUAUCUUUUAAUCCUCGCGGACCGUUGCGUGCUGCGUUCACGGACCGUGGAAAACCUCCGGUGAUGUCACACUGUUGGAUCUCGGACUCUCGCUGAAAGUCAGGAAAGUGACUCUAAAGUUGGAUUGUUUCCCCAAAUAUUGAGUCAUGACUUAAAAAGCCGCUGUCCAGCAGGUCUGUGUGCCACCAGGAGGAGGAUGGACAGCAUGGAUAUCCUGAAGAUUCUUCUCUUCUUAUUUGAGGCUGUUCUCCUGAGCGACUGUGCCAGAGGACCUCCCCGUGUAUCUGACAAGGUGGUCCACCGACAGACAGCUCGGAUCGGGAGUGCCAUCAAGCUGCCUUGCCCAGUGGAAGGCGACCCUCCUCCCCUCAUAAUGUGGACCAAAGACGGCCGCAACAUCCACAGCGGCUGGAUCCGUUUCCGGGUCCUGCGAAUGGGCUUGAAGAUAAAGGAAGUGGAGGCAGAUGACACCGGCACCUACAUCUGCAAGGCUACCAAUGGAUUUGGGAGCGUCAACGUCAACUACACGCUCAUCGUGAUCGAUGACUCCAGUUCUCAGACGACGGGACUCGGGUCCACGGAGGGAGCGGUACCAACAGGUUCCGAUGGAUUGCCGGAGAAACUGGUGCGUCCGCGUUUCACUCAACCCACCAAGAUGAGGAAGCGGGUCAUCGCCCGCCCGGUGGGCAGCUCAGUGCGGCUCAAGUGCACCGCCAGUGGGACUCCUCGCCCGGUGAUCGUUUGGAUGAAGGACGAGCGGCCGCUGACGGCGCAGGAGGUGGGCGAGGGGCGCCAGCAGAAGUGGACCCUGACCCUGAAGAACCUGACGCCAGAAAACAGCGGCAGAUACACCUGCAGGGUCUUCAACCGUGCCGGAGAGAUCAACGCCACCUAUAAGGUGGAAGUCAUACAAAGAACAAACUCCAAACCGGUCCUCACAGGAACGCACCCCGUCAACACCACAGUGGACUACGGCGGCACCACAUCCUUCCAGUGCAAGGUGCGGAGCGACGUGAAGCCGGUCAUCAAGUGGCUGAAGCGGAUGGAAACGAACGACGAGAGCCGCUUCAAUUCCACCAUCGAGGUGGGAGAGCACCGCUUCACGGUUCUGCCCACGGGCGAGGUCUGGUCCCGACCCGACGGAUCGUACCUCAACAAGUUGCUCAUCACUCGCGCCAAAGAGGAGGACGCCGGCAUGUACAUCUGCUUAGCUGCAAACACCAUGGGCUACCGCUUCCGCAGCGCCUUCCUCAUCGUGAUGCCCGACACCAAGACUCCCAUCAUGCCUAUAUUCUCUCAGUCCUCCAGCGCCCUCCCCUGGCCAGUCAUCAUCGGCAUUCCUGCCGGCAUUGUCUUCAUAUUCGGAACAGUCCUGCUCUGGUUCUGCCAGAGUCGGAAACACUGCCCGCCCUCCAGCGCUCCGGCCUCCGCCUCCUCAGUCCUCCACUCUUCUCACCGGCCGCCCUUCCGGGACCGAGCAGCUCUGUCGUCCGGGUCGUCCAGCCCGGAGAAGGACUGCAUGACCUCCAUGAACUACGAGGAGUACCUGGCCCAGCAGCAGCUCCUCUUGAGUCAACCGGGACCUACGAUCCCCCCCAAAAUAUAUCCCAAAAUCUACACCGACGUUCACACGCACACUCAUUCACACGUGGACGGGAAAGUACACCAGCACCAGCACAUCCACUUCCAGUGUUAACCCUGGCACCAUGCUCUACACAAGGGACGCACAGCAACUGUGAGAGUUUUGGGAGUCACAUGCCACUAUGACUCCAAGGAGCUGAGGGUCACCUGGUUGAGACUUUUAAAGUGGGGACAGUUGGUCAAGGCUGCCUGAAGUUGCCAAAAGACAAUGACUCAGAGCCCUGUGAUUCAGCAGGUGACUGGAACCGUCUCCUGCCUGUGAGGUGGUGCGCUUGGCUGGAUGUGAACUCAGGUUCUUCCCUCUUGUGCAUGUUUGGACUGCUGACCACUAUCCUCCGUGACGGUCUCGGUCCUGAGACCUCACGUCACGUCAAGUUCUCCUUUUUUUUUAGUCCAGCUAUCAAGUAUUUAAUUUAUUUUGUUAAAGUGUAUCAGAAGUUUAUUUUCCAGAGUUGUAUGUUGUUACUUUUGUCACCUCGUUUACUCGUAUUUAGGUCAUUCUUUGAUGAUUCAUUAAAUGAACUGAAGAACUCGU